AUGGGCACUCUUACCGCCGGUUGCCCGCGAUUAGAUGCGCAUUGCCCGCACAAGCUCGCAACCUCAUGCCGCCUCACCAGCACACCCAACUGCUGCGGCUGCGCAGACGAGCGCCCCCACUCGCGUCUCUAUCGUGUAUACAUCGAUGGCGUGGGCUACGUGCAGCGAGGCACGCGAUGGCAGAGCUACUGUUGGUUCUGCAAGGAGUUCUGGAACAACAGAUUAGCAGCCACGGAUCCCCCGCUCGAAGCCGCCCAGACACAGAUCCCGCACAUUCCAGAUCAGUCCGGCUUUCUCGAGCGGUGGACUGAAUUCCACCAGGGCUAUCGUAUAGUCACACACCCAGACGGGUCCGAAGCGCGCAUAGCUGUCAUAGGAGAACCCUUCAGCGACGUCAGCCCCGGUUUCUUGCCUCGGACGGUGGAUCAGCUGAGGGCGGGCCGGGAAAACGACGCUGCAAGGCCGGACAACGUCUUCAGGAGGAGGAGGUUGACUUCGGAGGACGAGAGGCCAGCAGAACCACAGCAGAGCAUUGAGGACGCGUUGGAUAGCCUCCUCGAGGGAAUAUCAGACGACGACGAGGCACCUGAGCUGGUAGCGACCGAAGCACAGAACGCAGACAUGCCGCGUGAGAGCAGUAGUGGCGGUCUUUCACGGCCACUUACGCGAACUGAGACCAACCUCCAACGCGCCCGCGAUCGUCUUAUUCGCGUCUUCGGAUCCAGGGAAGACGUACAGCGCGAGGACUACGAGAGCCCUCUUUCAACAAUGUACAACCGGGCAGAGGAACGCUAUCGACAAGCAGAAGAGCGACGCACGACGGGCGAAACCACAGACCCUCGGACAGACAGCUUAAAUGACCUUCCCCGGCAAGAGCGAAGGGAGUUGGAAGAGCAGAUACUCUGGGGCGUGCUUCAAGACUCGCGACGUUCCUUCUCGGAGCGCUACCAAGAAGACAACGUGAGAAACUACGCGGAUUCGCUCAGUAACACAAAUUCGUUCAAUAGGAGGAUGGAAGCCUCGAACGCCGCUAUGGCAGAGCUUGACUCAAGAAAUCGUACAGUGCCCGACAACUCUACCUCCUCAUCAAACACGACAUCAACAUCCUCAUCCUCUCUCCGCACCUCUCUAGACCAGAUCACUUCCGACCUCUCCCGUCUCCAGGCAGCCACCGACGCCGUCGCCAAUGCCCGCAUCGCCCUUGUGCGCCGACGUCCUGUACGUCCGUUCUUCGCAGAACCCACACAUACUCUUGACCAACCCGACCGCCCGCCACCACUCACCGACGCUCAAAUGACGAAGAAGCUAGACUGCCAAGUCUGCUACAGUCAGAUAGCCGACAUCGCUGUGCUACCAUGUGGGCACAUGGUCAUGUGUCAGUGGUGUGCCGAUAUCGUGGUACCCGUGCGGCACAGUCACAUCCCCGCGCGACCUAGCAAGUGUCCUAUGUGCAGGAAGACUGUGAAGCAGAGGUUCAAAAUCCAUACUGGAGGCGAUGAUGUGGUUUCGAAAGACAGUCAGCCAGCAGGGGUCGAAGCGGAGAGCACGUCCGCAGAGGCUAUUGAUGCGGAUGAAGAUCUGGAUACCGAUGAUGCUCUAGCACGAUUACGAGAUUUAGGAGGAUCAGCACUAGAGGUGGGCGAGCCGGAAUACAUGUAG